UUCUAAGGGAUGGAUGGACUGAAGUGACAGCUCUUCUAUUUAAGCUCCUCUCGCUUCCUACUUUACCUUCAACCCUUUCUCCUUAACUCUCUUCCAGAAAUCUUUGGUUACAAUGGGAAACAGCCUUAAGCCCCUCUUGGUUUCCCUGUUGGUUUUGAUAUUAUAUUCCUCUACUGCGUCCUCUGCUUCUAAUGAAGGGUUGAUGAGGAUUGGACUGAAAAAGAUCAAAGUUAAUAAGAACAUUCUGCUGAAAGCAUUGGUUGAGUCAAAGAAAGUAAAAUUUUUAGGAUCAAAACAUGAUCAAUGGGUUAAUGAUGUUGGAGAAUCUAAGAACUCUGAUAUCGUAGCAUUAAAGAAUUACAUGGAUGCUCAAUACUAUGGGGAGAUUGGCAUUGGCACUCCACCUCAAAAGUUCACUGUAAUUUUUGAUACUGGAAGCUCAAAUUUGUGGGUGCCAUCUUCCAAAUGUGUUUUCUCGAUUGCUUGCUUUUUCCAUGCUAGGUAUCAAUCAGGGCGGUCGAGUACAUACAGAAGAAAUGGAACAUCUGCUGCUAUUCAGUAUGGUUCAGGAGCUAUUUCUGGCUUCUUUAGUUAUGACAACGUUCAAGUCGGCGAUGUUGUUGUUCGUGAUCAGCAAUUCAUUGAGACAACAAGCAUGUCUAGUAUGACAUUCAUUGCUGCCAAAUUUGAUGGUAUACUGGGACUUGGAUUUCAAGAGAUCUCGACUGGUGACGCUGUUCCAGUAUGGUAUAACAUGGUUAACCAAAAAUUGGUGAAGGAGCCAGUUUUCUCGUUUUGGCUCAAUCGCAACGCGGAGGAGGAAGAAGGAGGUGAACUUGUGUUUGGAGGGGUUGAUCCUAAGCACUUUAAAGGCCAACAUACAUACGUGCCUGUGACAACCAAAGGGUAUUGGCAGUUCAACAUUGGCGAUAUUCUUAUUGGUGGUAAACCAACUGAAUAUUGUGCUAGUGGUUGCUCGGCGAUUGCAGAUUCUGGAACUUCUUUGUUGGCUGGCCCAUCUACUAUAGUGACAUUAAUUAAUAGAGCCAUUGGAGCAGCUGGAAUUGGUCGUCCAGAGUGCAAGGCAGUUGUUUCACAACAUGGGAAGUCUAUUAUGGAUUUGCUUUUAGCCAAGGUACAACCAGAGAAGAUAUGUUCCAAAAUUGGGGUGUGUACCUUUGAUGGAACCCAUGGUGUUAGUAUGAAAAUUGAGAGUAUGGUGAAUGAGAAAGGUAGAUCAUCUGGUGGGUUCUCAGAUGCCAUGUGCUCAGCUUGUGAGAUGGCGGUUUCCUGGAUGAACGAUGAGCUGAAGCAGAACAAAACUCAAGAACAUGUCAUUGAUUAUGUGAAUAAGCUAUGCGAUCGUGAUUUGAACCAAGGAGAAACGUUGGUCGACUGUGGACGGAUCUCUCAAAUGCCGACCGUGUCGUUCACCAUUGGGGACAAAGUUUUUGAGCUUAACGCAGAAGAUUAUAUUCUCAAGGUGGGUGAGGGAUCUGCAGCUCAAUGCAUCAGUGGAUUCAUACCUUUGGACAUUCCUCCACCUCGUGGACCCCUCUGGAUCCUCGGAGACGUUUUCAUGGGACGCUAUCACACAGUCUUUGAUUUUGGCAAAUUGAGAGUCGGAUUUGCCGAGGCUGCUUGAAGAAUAUGUAUACAUAAUGAAGUUCAUAACUAAGCAAGUAAGAAAGAAAGAGCACCAGUAUAUGUUAUUUCUUUAAUGUCUGUAAUUAGUGGAACUUCAUAUAAUAAUAACACCAAUUAGUGAGGUUGGGUUAUUUAAACACAAAGGCCUUCAAUUA